AUGUCGUUCCACACGAAGUCGAUUGAGCGUAUCCUUAGUCCUGUCGCGCAGCAGGUUCUGAAGCUUAUCUUGUUGUUUGAAGAUGCCGGAUCAGGUACUGAAAUCCCUGAUCUCGAGUUUCGCGUGAAUGUCGUCAAAUUAGCUGUUGAUAAUCUUAUAAAGGUUGGCCAUCAAACUAUCGAAGCCAGCGAUGACCAGCUACUUCAGAAAGAUAUGCCGCCCUCUCUCAAACGUGUCGAAGAUGCAUCUUUUUAUCUUCAGGAAGCAGUUGUGCUUUUACAAAAAGAUCCAAGCUCAUCUGAGGCACGUAAAAACUUGAUAGAAGGCUCUAGAGGAAUUCUGCAGGGAACAUCAUCUGUACUUCUAACUUUUGAUAUGUCGGAGGUUCGGAAAAUCAUUGAACACUGCAGAAGGGUGCUUGUUGUACUGGCUACAGCAGAACGGGUUUCAAGCCUCACAGAUUUGGCAGAUUUUGUCAAGCGUCUAACCCCUUGUAUGGCCGAUAUGAUCAAAGAAGUUCAUAAUCGACAGGAAGAACUAACUAUUCAAUCUCACUCUGCAUUACUGCUUAGGGGUAUAGAACAAGUUAAGCGUCUAACACCAAUUUUAAUAUCGUCUUUAAAACUUUGCGUGAAUACGCAUAAUAAUAAUUUACCUGGAGCAGCUGAAAGUCAAGCAAAUAGAGACUUUUUGUUAUCUGAGAUGUCCAGUGAAAUACAUGAAAUUAUACGGGGUUUGCAGCUUACUGAAACAGAUUCAUCAGAAUUAUUCGAUGAUGAUUUAGCAGCUAUGCAUAUGAACAAAGUGGCUUUCGAUAGUCGUCUACAAUUCGUAAAUGAUUGGAUUUCGGAUUCUAAUUGUUCUGCUGCAAUGACUGCUGGUGAAAAAGCAUUAAAUCAAGUGUUAAACUCUGCUCAAAAACUGGCCAAUUUAGAUUCAACUAAUCCAAAUUGUAAGCUAAUACUAAAUUUAUGCGAUGAGCUAAAAGAUCUGGCACAAUCACUAAUUCAUUUGAGAAGAAAUGGUCAGGGUAAUAGUACAGAGGCGAAUCGUAUAGCUAAUGCGCUUAGCACAAAAUUAAGCCAAUUAUCUAGACUAUGCAAAGAAAUAUCGCUACCGCAUCAACAACCUUCAUAUAAUCCAUUAUUCCGUUUGGCUAGAACACUAGAAGGUAAACUAGUACAAGCUCAACGUUGGUUAGCUGAUCCACGUGGUCCUCUACGUCAUAUCGGUUUAGACGCAUGUCGUUCGUUGGUACAUGGGGCAAGAAAUAUUAUCUUAUCAUCAUCAUCCGAUUAUUAUCAUGGUUGUUCUAAUGAUAGUAUUAAUACUGGUAAAGCGGUGAAUAAUGGUAGUGAUAGUGGAGUUGAAGAUAAAGAUGUCAAUGAAGCUUGUUUUGAAGCCUGUGAACACGUGGAAAGAGCUGCUGAUCGAUUGUUCACAAUGUCUAGUCAAGCUAUGACACCAGAAACCAAGAAUGCUCAACAAGAUUUAGCACUAGCCAUCAGUCGUAGUUUAGCUCAUAUAUGGCAAACGUUAGUGAAAAUAUUGACUACACAAGUGGCUGAAGCAUAUACAGAUCUUGUUGGACCAUUACGUCAAUUAGUGGAAUCAGCUUCACCAUCAUCAGGCAGUCUACCGGAUCAAAAUGAUUAUAAUGAAAAGAUGAAAGAAUUUUUAGCUCAAUGUAAUCAACUUGUUAGUACAGCUGAAUUAGCUGCAUGCACUACCCUAUCGGAUGUUUGGCGUGCAGAUGCUCUACGUUAUUUAGCCAGUCAACUGAAUGAAUUAGGUGGACAAGUUGUCUUAGCUGGUCGUGCUGUUGUCCUGUCGAGUGAUCCAAGUGUUCAGCUACAAUUAGGUGGGGCUAGUUUAAAACAAGCUACAUCAGAUCAUUUUCUUAUGAUGCGUCAACAUUGGAGUGAUACAGCUGAACGUAUGCGAGUACUAGUCGAUGAAGCAAUUGAUGCAAAUGCAUUUAUAUCUGCUCAAGAGGCUGGUAUGCUACGUGAUACUGCUAGAACAGAGAAGUGUAUUGCUGAAGUAUCUACAACUGGUGUUGUCGAGUCAACUACGCGUAUUGCACGACGUGCUAAUCGUGUCCUACAAUUAAUUACUCGUGAAGCUGAUAAUAGUGAAGAUCCAUUGUAUGUAGAUCGUAUGAAUGAUGCUGUCAAAGCAUUGCGAUCAACUAUUACACCAAUGGUAAAUGAUGCUAAAGGUCUGGUAACAAAUAUUGAUAAUCCAUGCGCGCAUGACCAGUGGCGUACAUCGAAUCGUAAUUUGUUGACAGCAGUGAAUUCAGUUAAGCAUAAUGUUAGUCCAUCGUUAAAUGCUCCAAUCACUUAUUAUCAUGAACAUUAUCAAUAUGCUAAUAAUAAUAAUAAUAAUAAUUUAUCAGGAGGAUACAGAGGCAUAGCCUAUAAAGAUGAUGUCAGCAACAAUAAUAAUAUUAAUGAUGAUAAUAAUAAUAGUAGUAAUACAGGAGCUAACAAUGGUAAUAGUUAUAAUAAUCAUACUUAUAACAGCAACAACAACAAUGAUGGUAUCUCAUCAUCGAAAUCAUCAUCACAAGUUUCUACGAAAGAGUUGACCACGUCGACAAUUCCUAUUCGUGAAAUACAAGGAAUGACUAUUACAGAUGUUUCCCAUUCACCGCCACCACCCCCACCCCCAUACACAUAUGAUAACAAUUAUAGUCACAAUAAUAAUUAUAAUAACAAUAACUAUAGUGCUAGUAGUAGCAGUUAUUCUGCACCACAGUAUCUACAUAAGCCUAUGUAUGAAAUUAAAGUACCCUAUCCUUAUAGUCAUCAGUAUUCUCAUCAGCAGUCACAGCAACCGUCAAGUGUUAAUCAUCACCAUCAUGAUCACCGUCAUCAUCCUCAAGUGUAUCAACCUUCAUCUGUUAUAACACCUCAUUCGUAUACUGCGGCUGCCGCUGCUAUCACUACUCAGUCACCACCGAGCUACACCCAUCAUUCUGGACAUCAUCAACCUCAACAAAAUAUCAAUAAUCAUACAGGAUCUAAUCAUUAUCAACAGACACAUCAACCGGGCUACUACUAUCAUACACCGUAUAAUACUACUAAUAAUAAUUAUAGUAAUAGUAGUAGUGGUAGUAAUAGUAAUAGAAAUAUCAAAUUGAUGAAACAAGAUUAUGGCUGCCAUGUGUAUCCAGAACCAACUAGUAUUGCUUCGCCUACACCUGAUCAGCGGAUAUGCACACCAGAAACAGAAGUCGACGAAGAAUUCAAUUUUCCACCACCUGGAGAAAAUCAACCAAUUAUGGCAGCUGCACAUGCAUUACACCAUGAAACACGUUUAUGGUCAAGUCGUGAUAAUGAAUUGAUUGCAGCAACAAAACGUAUGGCUGCUUUAAUGGCUCAACUUAGUCAAAUUGUCCGUGGUGAAUAUGGAACAAAGAAGGAUUUGAUAACUGUUUCUAUGGCUAUUGCAGAAGCGUCGAUAGAUGUAAAUCAAUGUGCAAAAGUAUUAGCCAGAGAAUGUACAGAUCGUCGUAUACGUUCAAAUCUCUUACACUUAAGUGAUCGUAUUCUUACUAUUGGUAAUCAAUUAAAGAUUUUGUCAACUGUCAAAGCAACUAUGCUUGGAACACAAGAUGAUUCAUGGUUCGAAGCUCCAUUACAAUCGGAACUGGAUUGUGGUUCUAAAGAAGACCAAGAAAACACAGAAUCAUUAGUUGGUAAUGCACAGAAUUUAAUGCAAACAGUUAUUGAAACACUACAUGUUGCUGAAGGCGCUAGUAUUAAAAUGCGUGUACACAGUGGGCAUAAAUUUGUCUGGCAACCACGUGGACGAGUAGUAGUAGCGAAUUCAACAGCAACAGCAACAAAUUAUCAUCGAUCUAAGCAACAACCACAGCAACAGACAACACGUCCAAUCGUACAUUGA